AUGGACAUCUGGAUGGCCAAGCCGUCGGUUUACAGUAUCGUUUUCUCCUGCAAGUCGUUGGCCAAAUCGACCAGCGAAGGCCGAUCUGAAGCGCCCGGACACGAGAGCAAGUUAGAAGGUCUCGUCACGGCGUCGUGGUACGCACCGUCCGAGGCGUCUACCUCGUCGACGGAACCCGCGCCGGUCAACGUUGACCUUGUCGCCUCGUCGGACGCCUCGGAUUCGUCCGUCGCUCCGACGUGUUCCGAAUCCGGCGUCUCUGCCGCAACCGUCGCAAAAUCCACGAAACCGGCGCCAGCUGCUACACCUCCUGCUCACCGCGCCGCUGCUACACCCGCUGCUCCGCGCGCGUGCCGUCGGCCGCUCGUGCUGAGCGCAUACGACGGUGUGCUGGACCCCGAGCUGUUCGAGAAAACCGGCGAGUUGGGGCGUGGCGGGUUUGGCACGGUGGUGGCGAUGCGGCGAGUGGAGAACGGCGAGGUGGUGGGCGAGUGCCCGGGCGUGCUGGGCGUGUGCGAGGUGCAUCUGGGCGAGCAGCACGCGUACAUGCUCUCCGACGUGUGCUCUGGCGGCGACCUCCGCGCCCUCAUGCAGCGAUGCAACGCUGCUGCAAGCAACGCCGCGGGAGACGCGGGGAGAGGCAAGGGGAGGCGGUGGUGGGGGAAGGCGAGCGGGGAAGGCGGGCGGGGAGGGGGAAUGGCGGAGGCGGAGGCGCUGCAAGUGGUGAAGCACGUGGGCGACGCUGUGGUGUUCUGCCACGAGCGCGGCGUGGUGCAUUGCGACAUCAAGCCCGACAACAUCCUCUUCGCCACUCCCACGCCCCUCUCCGCGCCCCUGCCUUGCUCCGCCGCCCCUGCUCCUGCUGCGCCUGCGCGCGCCUCUCCUGCUGCCCUCGGCCUGUCCGCGCCCGUCUCCCCAGCGCGCACCUCCCCCCGCCUGGCCGCGGGGGCAGUGCAGCUGGCGGACUUUGGGUUGGCACAAGUGGUGGCGGAGGGGCAGCGCGGGUGCAGCACUCCCGCAGGCACGCCCGGGUACAUGGCACCUGAGGUCGAGGCCCUCUGCCGCCCUCGCUGCCCGCCCGCCCCGGGCGCCGCCAAGCACGCUAGAAGAGCAGCACGGAGAGCAGAGGUAUUAAGCGCAGAGGCAGCGGGGUAUGGGCGCGCAGCUGACGUGUGGUCGCUGGGGGUGACGCUGUACGAGAUGAUUGCGGGAGAGCGGCCGUACUCAGGGGAGGCGCCUCAGCAGGGCGAGUGGCGGGCGUGUGUGGAAGGGGCAGCGUGGGAGGGCGUGUUGGAGGAGUGUCGCGCGCUGGUGAGCGGCAUGCUGAGAGUGCACGUGGAGGAGAGGCUCACCAUGGCGCACGAGCAGUAG